AUGGCAAACGACCACCGGGAUGGGAUGGACCCUGCAAACCAUGAGAAUCAUCAUGAGGCUCCUAUGCACUUGGUUGGGGACCCAUAUUUUCCUGAAGACGCCCCAGCUAACCUCGCCGAGGAGGAAGACCCUUCAGAAGAGGAAGACCCUGUAGAGGAGGAAGACCCGUCAGAGGACGAGGAUGAGGAUGUUGCAGAGUCAGACAAUGAGGGUAUAUUGGAGGGGGUACAAGAAGAAAUGAAUGAUGAUGGCCCAGUGGAUGGUGAGGAGAGCCUCGUAGAUGAGGAGCCUACUGCUACUCCACCUCCCUCACCACCUAGACUGUGUUAUCAGCCACAUCACCGCCACGGAAAGAGUCCUGUAUUGCAGAGGACUCCUAGGAUGAGUGUUCCCACAGUAUCCCAUCUAGACACCUUCUCCUACCUUUCCCGACCCAUCUGCGGUCAGAAGAGGAAACCAAGUUCUUUCUUCGAGCCCACUUGGCUCACCGACAUGCUCCGCCAAAGGAGGAUUACUAAUGAUCCUCCACGUUUUGAGAGAGGUGAGUCUUCUCGAGGACCACCACGUGCACCAUUUGGGGGUGACCCCGAGGAUCAGGAUGACAGAUUAGCAGAACGAUUCAAAUCCCUAGAGGAACUUUUUAGAGCUUCAGAUAAUACCACUAGAAUGAUCGAGCGGCGAGUUGAUAGAGUUGAGGAGGAGGAGAAGGAUGAUGCAGAAGCCAUUCAGACACUCUAUCACAACAUGAGCGCUGGUCGAACUGAGGCGAAAGCCAUGGGUGCCCAUAUCAGGGCCCUAGAGUACCGGAUUCAAGUUAUGCAGAGCCGACUAGAUGCAAUCGAGCACAGAGCGACCAUUGCAUUACAGGAGCGACGUCAACUUCAGGAGAAAUUUGAGGAGCUGGCCCGCUAUCUGGUCUAUCACUUAGGAUGGACAAUGGCCCCACGAAAGAGUCCACGAGUUCGUCCCCCACCAACUCCCCGAGGCAAUCAAAGAGGUAUGCCAGUGGUAACUCGAACUACAGAAGGAACACCAGAUGAAACCCCACCGGUCGUCAAUAACUCAAACCCACCGUUCCAAAUGGAUCCCACCUUCAUGCAAACCCUACUUGCCCAAGGAAUUGCUACGGCCAUAGCCGCAUAUGAGGCAGCCCAGAAUGACAACUCGGGAAACAGUAGAAAUGGGGGUGGCACUCCAAUUGCGAACCAAAACAAUUCCAGGCCCUGUUCAUACAAGGACUUCAUGGGAUGCAAACCCCGACCCUUCUACGGCACGGAAGGAGCUGUUGGUCUAACCCGCUGGAUCGAAAAAAUGGAGGCAGUGUUUCGUAUCAGUGCUUGCACCGAGGACUGCCGAGUAAAGUAUGCUACCUGUACACUGAUGGAUUCUGCCCUAACUUGGUGGAAUAACCAUGCUAAGUCCAUUGGGAUCGAUGAAGCUUAUGCAAUGGGUUGGGAACCUCUGAAACAAAUGAUGGUCAAGGAGUAUUGUCCCCGACAGGAAGUCCAAGCUUUGGAGCAAGAACUCUGGAAUCUCACCAUGAAAGGAUCGGAAGUGGCUGCCUACACUUCUCGGUUUAACGACCUUGCAAGUCUCUGUCCAGGAAUGGUAACCCCAGAAGAUAAGAAGAUUGAAAGGUACAUUUGGGGAUUGGUGUCGCCAGUCCAAGGUCUGGUGACUGCAUCUAGACCCUCCACAUUUGAUAGCGCUAAGCAAUUGGCAUAUCAGUUGACUGAACAGUGUAUCCGUCAGGGUACCAUGGCUCCACAAGCAAAACAGAGUCAGGGAACGAAGCGAAAAUUCCAGGGAAAGUCAAAGGGGAACCCCAAGCAUCACAAACCCAAGCCAGAGCCUACUGCUGUCUAUGCCGCAAUCACGAACACUCCCACCCCAUCCAAGCCCUACAGUGGAACUCUGCCUCGCUGUACCAAAUGCAACUUUCAUCACGUAGGAAAUUGUAGGGAUAUAACUUGCAACAACUGUGGCGUGAGAGGACACAUCGCAAGUUACUGUAAAAAGGAACCAAACACAACGAACUCAACCACCAUUGCGGGAGGAAGCCGUAACUGCUUCGAAUGCAACCAACCAGGACACUUCAGGAAGGACUGUCCAAAAUUGAAAAAUCACGGGGGCAAAGGAAGAGCAUUUGUGAUCACCGCAGGAGAUGCUCGCUAG